AUGGCUCCCAACCAAGAUAGCAAUGGUCCUGGCAUCUAUGAUGGGCUGUGGGCACUCUUCGACGCCGAUCGUAACGGCAACCUCACGUACACAGAGUGGACUGGAGCCUUCAAUCAGGUGGACAGGGAUGGCGAUGGCUCGAUCACGAAGAAGGAGUUCCUGAGUAGUGGAGGCGACGAUAAGGUGUUUGAGAUCUUCAAGAAGCGCAACAAGUGCGCCAUCACAUUCGACGAGUGGUGCAAGACAUUUGAGACCAUGGACACCAACAACAGCAAGACUAUCAGCUCUGCCGAAUGGACUGCCUUCCUGUCGCACACCAGGGAGGAAAACAGGUAUGGCCUGUCCAAGGCCGAGAAGCAGGCCGCGAAGAAGGCCCUCGAGCUGAAGAAGCUCCAGUCUCCGACGUCUCCGACGUCUCCGACGGCCCCGGCCUCUCCGAAGGUGCCAGGGCUGCUGGUGCAGAGCAUGGGCGGGCGGAUCACCUCGAGGCAGAGGGACGUCCGAGCGCUGGCCGGGGUGCCGUACCCAGAGGAGAUGCACGCGUCGGUGGCUCGGGUGUGGUCCAUGUUUGCCAGCGGUUUGCGGGACGACGCGUACAUGGAUCGCCUGACGCGGGGCCGUGAUUACGACAAGGACGCGGCGUUCGAUCUGGCGACCGUGCUGGACGCUGCGCGGACGUACGGCCCCCCGAAUGUUGCAAUCCUGGCGUCCUCGUCGAACGAGUGCUCCAUUUACGGCGGCAAGAUGCAGGUCUUACAUGCGGAACGUAGACAGAAGGGCUGGGGACCUGUCGACUUCCAUGGUGCGUUCGACCGUGUUACAAAGACGUUGUAUUUGAAUUCCACCAUACUCAAGAUGCCCUCGCGGGAGUUGGAGUGUGUACUUAUACAGCUAAUGGCGUAUUGGGUUAUCCAAGAGCUCGGCGCUGGAGAGAUCGAUGGAAAUGAGGGCUUCAGAGCAGUGAGCAUGAUGACAGACCUGAAGGUGAAAGUCGAGGUGAGACAAAUCUUACAGCACUACAACGAGCAUGGCUUCAUCAAGACCCGGGAGCAGAAGAAAGCAGAUAGGAAAUUUGUCCCUUGUGAGUUCGCUUGGACUGGAGAUGCCCUCUCGGGCAAGUAUGUUAUCAGUGAGUCCAGGGUAGUUCAUCCAACUGAUGAGUUAUUGGCGACGCAGGAACCAGCACCCAAGAUCAGCUCCGCCGGCGCGCAAGGACGACGAGCUCGGAGCCCAGCGACGAGGACGAAGACGAACGUCACGUUCGGCGUCGACUGA